AAGAAAGCAAAAGCCAUCGAGAAAAUCAACGGAUUGCAGAGUCUCUGCAUUCUGCUGUUUCUUUGAUGAGCAUUGUAUACCCAUGCUUCCAACAACAAGACAAACCACAGCCCACCUAACAAAUUAAUCAAAAAGCUUUUUUCUUUUAAUUUUUCUUUCAAUUUAUUUUGAAAAUCCCACCUGACAAAGUCAUCCAAGCUAAUCAAAUCUCUCUCAUCAUAACUCAAAAAUCAAACCUUUUGAGUCUCACAUUCCAUUUCUGUAUUCAUCUUUUGAUCGUUUUCCUUAUCUCUGUAAGAUCAUGUCUAUUUUCGCAAAGAGUUCAUCCACUGUACCAGAGCAAAUCAAGCUGAGAAAACCCAGGAAGCAAUUCCUCCACCACCACCGAGAAGAAAAUCCCAUUUAUACACAAGAAACAGAUCCACACCCACAUAUCUCUCGUCCCUCCAAAUCCACCAUCUCCUCUAUCUUCCUUUCCCCCUUUGCCACGACCACCACUGAGGUCACCACCAAGAAAAAGAGCACCACAUUCAGAGGUUUAGGAUGCACAGCUGGGGCUGCGCAGCAGGUGUCUGUGCCGGCGGUCAUACGGGGAUCAGCGGAAUGGGAGGGGAAGAGGGUGAAGAAGAAAAAGAAUCCGCAGCAGCAGAAAAGGAAGAAGGAUAGUGUAAGGAUUUGCAGUGAGAGUAAUAAGGCUAGCCUGCAAGGUUUGAGUGAGGGGAGUAACAGUAACGGAAACAGCGAUAGCAAUGGAAAUACUGGGAGUUGUAUUCAGGACGUGUGGUGUGGGCCCGGAAUUGGGUUCUCUUCGGAUGUUGUUGGGUCUGUGGACUGCGUUGUGGCGAGGAGAAAUGCGUCUGGUAGAGGGAAGAUUGAUGGGGACAACAAAAUCAAUCAAAGGGAGAGGGAGCGUGCUUCCUGUUUAGGGAGGCGGGCGACGGUGAAUCCUGAAACUCUUUCUUUUUUGGAUACCGACCCUGUUUUUGUAACAUCUCACCCUGAACCUAGAGUAUUUGGAAGGAGAUAUUAUCGUCAUGUUCGGCAUCCGUCCCCUGAUGGUUUAGCUGAGAUGAUCAUGCUGCAAAAUAAUUUCACGAUGGAAGGAAGAUUGGAUCAAUUUAGCGAAUGGAGGCUUGACAUUGACGACAUGUCAUAUGAGCAACUGCUGGAGUUAAGUGAGAGUAUUGGUUAUGUGAGUACUGGACUGAAAGAAGACGAGAUCAGCCGUUGCAUCAGGAAAAUGAAGCUCUCAAUUACAAAUGACCUUUCAUCUCAUCUACCCACAACACCAGAUAAAAAGUGCAGUAUUUGCCAGGAGGAUUAUGAAACAGAUGACGAGCUUGGGAAGCUGGAAUGUGGACAUGGCUUUCAUAUACAAUGUAUAAAACAAUGGCUAGCCCAUAAAAAUACCUGCCCAGUCUGCAAGACUGAACCGGUGGCUCGAGAAUAGAGUGGAGCCAGUAUUCUUCAUUAUCAUUGUGGUUGCAGGGCUUUGAAAUUGCUGCUCUUUACCCUGCUUCCAUCAUGGUGUAUAGAUUUUACCAGUAUACAUAAAAUCCAGAAUUCAUUCAUUGUUCCAGUUUAAAGGAUAGGCCCAUUUUCAUGGUAAUUUAGAAGGUUGAUGCGGAUUCUUGAAGAUAACAGGAAUGGAAUUUAAUGUAAGUGAUGAGUUUUGAUACAUGGAUGAAUGGAAUGUGUGCUCCAUUCCUUUACAGUUUAUGGGUUAUUUUUCAUUAUUCUAAAUUCCUUCAUGGGUUUGGAGUUUAUAGCCUCGCAGUUGUUUGGAGAGUUGCAACUUUAAUAUGAACCAGUUAAUACUCUGCAGUAUUCGUAA